AUGAUUGCAGGAUAUGCCCAAAAUGGAUUUGCUGAAAAGGCUUUGGAAACUUUUAAGCAAAUGCAAUUCGAAGUUGUAAAUCCAGACUCCACAACUCUUGCUAGUACCCUUCCAGCCUGUGCCAAAAUGGGAGCUUUGAAGCAGGGCAAGAUCAUCCAUCAAAUCAUCAUUGAAAGCGGGUUUUUGUCAGAUAUUGUAAUCGUUAGUGCCCUGAUAGAAAUGUAUGCAAAAUGUGGAAGCAUAGACAUGGCACGUGAAAUGUUUGAAAACAUACCCCAAAGAAAUGUGAUCUCAUGGAAUGCUAUGAUCUCGGGCUAUGCACAAAAUGGCUUUUGCAAGGAUGCUCUCAAACUCUUUGAACUAAUGAAGCACUCUGGAACACACCCUGACCAUGUAAGCUUCACGUGUGUUUUAUUAGCAUGCAGCCAUGUAGGCUUAGUGGAAGAGGGUUGUAAAUACUUUAACGCCAUGGGUGACUCUUACUAUAUCACUCCUACAAUUGAUCAUUAUAUGUGUGUGGUUGAUUUCUUUGGUCGUGCUGGUUAUCUUGAGGAAGCUUUAAACUUUAUCAUCAAAAUGCCGGUUAAACCUGUGGUCGUUGUGUGGACAUGCUUGCUUGGUGCCUGUAAAGCGCAUAAGAAUAUUGGUUUAGGAGUAUUCACUGCAACUCUUCUUUUCGAUCUGGAUCCUAAAAAUGCUAGAACUUAUGUUCUUCUUUCAAACAUCUAUGCAGAUGCGAAACGACGGCACGAGGUUCAAUUGGUAAGGAAAUUGAUGAAAGAUAGAGGAAUUAAUAAGGUACCUGGAUGUAGUUGGAUUGAGGACCAUAAGAUGGUACAUGUUUUCUGUGCAGGAGACAGAUCACAUCCACAGACAGAUGAAAUCUAUGCAAAGUUGGAGAAAUCAUCUUGGGAGCUGAAGGCAGCAGGGUAUGUUCCAGAUUCAAAACAUGUACUAAAUGAUGUGGAAGCGGAGGAAAAAUAA